AUGUGCGCGGCAACACACAGAACGAUAUGGGACUGUGCUCGUGAAAGUGCAGAGCAGACCCGUACAGAACCGCCUUCAGAAACCCUCCUGUCCGCCGUUAAUCAGCCUGAUCGACACUGCGUCAUCUCAUCAGACACCUCUCGCAAUCGAAUACUGUUAUUUCCGGGAUCGUUCAAUCCACCUCACCGUGGGCAUGCGGCGCUUCUCAACGCCAUCUUAUCGAGCUUGUCAAGGUCUCUGAAUAUCAGGGGCGCAAUCAUUUUCCCCCACGAUGACGAGCAACUGAAACGGAGAGCCCGAGAGGAUAUUUCCAGGUUUUCCUUCGACAAGGCUCAAAGAAUCAGUCUCUGGGCAGAGUCGAGCUCCUUUCCGAAAAAUGACACAUGGUUGUACAACGACUGUCGUGAUUCAUUGACUCGACUUCAGAAACAAAUGUUGCGAAAUCUGAAGAAGCAGAGAGUCAAGCUGUGCUUUUUGCUUCUAGUUGGCCCCGAUUGGGUGACUAGGCAAGCUACCUAUGACCCGGGUCAGUGGAAUUGCACGGAAGCCAUCACCAGCGAUAUCUCUCGGCCCGUUGACUUUCGAUUUCAACACACCCUAGGACAGUUACCAGGUUGCUCGCCUUGGAGUUUUCAUUUUGUUGGCGAAACACUCGACGUCGCCACCACUGCAAAUUGCCAGGGUGAGGGCUUUCGAGGUGGCAGCGGCUGCGGUAAUUUUGCUUCAUUAAUGUCCCUUGCAGAUUCGGUAUCAUCCCUUGGCGUUUGUGAAUGGUCCCUCGUUUUAUGGACUUGUCUAACAUUGAGACGACCUAUUCGACAAUAUUACUUCAAGCCUUCGGAUCGAAAUGCAACUAUUACUUCGCCAAGUUCAAGUGACAUCCGAAAAGCCAUACAAAAUUCAUUGACGCAAGGCCGCCUUCCUAAUGAUUCUGAGCUUGAAGAUGCCCUUUCCCCAGGUUUACUGCUUGGUUAUGUUCAAAAGAUCACGAUAGUGUCCACGGACUCGAAUCCCUAUCCUGCAAUUAGCAAUGAAAAAUGA